UUAUAUCUUCUACACGGAAAGAAAAUAAAUAUGAAAUUUUAUAAAAACAUUUUCAAAUUUAGUAAAAAAAGCUAGUAUUUGAUUCACUAAUUUUCAUUUACUUCAAACUAGUAAAAUAUUCUUCGAUCAAGAAAAUGAUGAAUCAAAUACAGAUAAGUAAAUGGGUUUUCUUGAUACAAUACAAUUUUCCUCCAGUGUUGCAUUUUCAUCAAUAAACUAUUUCUAAUGUUCAUAAUCAAUUAACUAUAGUUAUAGAGUCUGCUAUAGAAUAUUCGUCAAUUUUCUAUUUGCCGAAGACUCUUCAGGCAAUUAGCUUAAUAACUAGGCAAUUAAAUAAAUUACUGAUUGAAUUUGGGCCAAAGUUGCCUACUUACUACUUUUAUCUUAUGAAAAUUACUACAUAUCAAUGAGAAUAAUAAUUUUUAUUUUUCCAUCUAUUGAAUACUUAAAAAUAUUUUUUAAAGAUAUUUUUUAAUUAAAUUUUAUGCAUGAAAAUUUUUCUUUUCGGUAAUAUAAAUCACACUUGUUGAUGAUAAUAUUAAUCAAUGUUUUCAUUAUACGAAAUUUUUAAACACAUUGGCAUUCGUCGUGAGUGAUUCUUUUUUGUUUAGUUUACUUUAUUUAAAAAAUGUGUUAUCGAACAUUCCAAUAAUGUAGGUCAUUCUUGAUAUUAUAACAAAGAGAACAAUGAAAAAGGUAUUCGCUAAUUGCUGAUGCCUAUGGAAUAAUAGUCUGUCCCAAUCGAGAAAAUUUCGUUAAUUUCAAAGUAAAAUGCUUGUCCAGUUUCUUUUCUUAGGAUUUUAACAUACCUAACUACUAAACUCAAUUGAUUCUAAUGAUAUAAGAUGAUAUCGAUCAUUCCGAGUAAAGGAUUAAAUAAAACACUAUUCUUUACGUUUCAAUGGCACAGCCAUCCUCUUCAGAAACUUAAAAAGAAUGAAACAUUAUUUAUAAAAAGAAUUUUUCGUUAGAAUAAAUAAAAUUUAGAAGUGAUUAACCGUCUCAAUAGACACGAUUGCUAUAAAUUGAUUCUAUUUUCUUAAUAUUUUGAGUUGUAUCAAAUAUGCAAGAAAAAAAGAGCUUGCCUUAAUUUUAUGAAUUAACAUUUGAUUGUCUAAACAAUCUAUCAUUUCAUUUUGAAUCGUCAAUUUGUAUAUUGACGUUAUUUAAUCAAGAUUACUUUCUCUAUACUGGUUAACGAAUUAAAAAUGUACAAAAUUAAAAUGUAAUUAUAUUCGUGUACAUGCUUAUCAUAUAAAUUCAUAAUCAUAAUUGAAAUAAUGUGUGCCUAAUCAAUUUUUUUAAUGUGACGAUGUUUUGAAAUUGGAGAAUAAAAUAAAUUAUUUAAAAAGUUAUUAUCAAAUUUUUGAAAAACAAAGAAGGAUUUUCGUAUAUAAACCGAAAGCAAACACGACAAAUAUCAUCUUAGUACAAGACAUUGUAUAACAAACAAAAUGAACAAUUUUCAAAUAUUUUCCAUUUUGUUUGGCAUUCUGCUCAUUACUUUGAUAUCUUCUGAUGCAGGGACCAUUAAAUCUUUAUUGAAAAAUGAUCUAUAUUCAAAAUUGUUAGUCAAACGCUCACCAGAUAGUGACAGUAGCAGUUCUGACAGUAGCAGUUCUGACAGUAGCAGUUCUGACAGUUGUGAGGAUAGUUCUCAAUAUUCUGUAGAACUUUGCUGUGAUAAGGAAGAAACGACUUUAGCACCAGGACCAGCAAAAGAGAGUGUAGAAAGCAUAAAAAAAGAGUUAAAAGAAAAACAAGACGAAUUAGUUGUCAAUAAGAAAAUAGAACUGGAUGCGCAAAAUGUUGUAAAUAAUGACGCAAGAAAAUUAGACGAGGUAUUAAUUCAAGUACAUGCACUACGUCCACCAAACGCAAAUCUGGAUGAUAGUGUGACCGUGCAUGGUUAUUACGUUAAUGAAUUGAUUACUAUACUGGAAAAUAACAAGAAAAAUGUAGAAAAGUUAGAUAAUGCAAAAAAAGACGUAAAAACAUUAGAAAAUGAAAUAUCAGAUAUAAUUAAAAAAUUAUCUGCAUCACAAGCAAUUUAGUUUACAGAAAGAUUAGCCCAAAUGACGAUUAGGUUAAAAAAAAAAUAAAGUUUAAUAUAAAUUAAAAUUAGAUUGAGGGGAAAUUUACUUAUAUCGAUGUAAUAAUCAUUAAUAUUUUGUAGUAAGUGUAUAAUAAUAUUGAUAAUAGGUGUAACAUUAUAGCCUAAUGAGUGGUCAAGUGUACACUUCUUUAACAAGUAAAUUCCCCCUCGAAUUAGAUUAGAUACAGAUAAGGCCAUAUUCUAUAUGUAUUAUGAUUUUACUAAUUAUUAUAUGUUUUAUAUUCUUUAUUAUUAUUAGUUUUGGAUAGGUUAUAAGUAUUUUAAAUAUUUUUAUAUUUCUCUCUUGUUUAUAGGAUUUAUAGUUUUUUCGUUUAUUCUAUUUUUAAUUGCUGUUCUUAUGGUUUUCUUGUGACAUAAUAAAUAAAUUAUAAUUAAAAUAACUGUGUAUUCUAUGAAAAAAAAUAUUAAAUUUUUGGAAAAUCAAUCUACAGCACGAAAUUUUUUUUUGUUAAAGUAGUAUAGUAAAUGUGCAAUAUUAUUAAAUUAAGAAAUUCAAUUAGUAUUUACUUAGUAUUUUAUUACGUUAUUGCUUAGUUCUCAUUGAAACCUAAUUUUACUAAAUUAAAUUUUUGUACUUAAUUUAUAUAUAUAUAUAUAUGUUACGGGCAAUGUGCGGGAGGCGGGCAAUGUCCGAGAAUGCCCGGGCACUGUCGACAAUGCCCAAAAUCAGUGGGCAUUGUCGACAUUGCCCUGGUUUUUUCGGUCAAUGUCGAAAAUUAUUUAUAAAAUUCUGUUUUCUGGGCAAUGUCGACAUUGCCCAGUCCAUUUUGGGCAAUGUUGAAAUGCAUAAAAUUUUUUAAUAAAAAAUAAUUUGUAAUAUAAGUAAAUAUUUCAUCACUUGUUAAAACUGAAUAAUUGAAUAAUAUAAUCAAUUUAACGCUGUUUACUAAAUUCUGAAGAAUUUUUAUUUGUGCAGUCAAUUCAAUGGAUUUAUUUGCAAUCAUUUUGUGUGCCCCAAAAGGAGGACUUUUCGUCAUUUUACGAUAUCAAACAUAAGUAUAGACUUCAUUGUGAUACUCGGCUGUAAUUCUUAAUUUUUAAUAUUUAAUGUACUAAAAUAAUGUUUUAUAAUUGUAAAGAAAAAAGUUUUAAUAAAUUUUGUACUUAAUUAUCAA